CCUCUCUCUUCUGUUUCUCAGUUAUCUAAUUCCUCUGUCCCUUCAGGAUCCAGUUCUCAAAGCAGUCAGUCUACUGAGACACCAAGGCCAGCUCUGCUUCCCACCCCUGGUACCUAUGCCUCAAAAAUAGCUAGUUCAGCUGUCUAUUCACCCUAUCAUUCUCAAGUAAGUUCAUCCUUUGGCUCUUCAGACCAUGGAAAGUCUCAAGUUCAUCUUAGUAAACAGACUGUCUCUACUUCUUCUGAGCAAGGAUGUGGGGAACUGAAAGCUACUUCUGCAGUGUCUUCAACACAUGCACCUACCAUGCAGGAUAAACCAGUGAGGUCAGGUGGAUUGCUUCCAGAUCCUCCCAGAUCAGCACGUUUUGAAGGCCCCAGAGGCCCUAGAUUUGAUGGACCUCGAGGAAGAGGAUAUGACAAAUUUGAAGGCUCAAGACAGAGAGGGCCUCGUUUUGACUCCCAGCGCUCAGAAGGAUACAGGUCACGUUUUGACCGACAGAAUACAGAUGGACAGUCUUCAAGUAGAUGGGGGACUAUCCCACGAGGACCGGCAGCACAAUUUUAUACUUCAACAAAUGCAUCACAUGGACAUGGUUCCCGACCUAGUGGCCCACGGUGGAGGGGGCCCAGGCCUCAUUUGGGACAGCAGCAGCAGUCACAGACAGACUCACAGUCAGAAAAUAAAGAACCUUUUACAGACAUAGCUGGCAAUCAGCAGAGUGUAAGCAGAACACAGUCUACUCCUGAUGCACAGAGUGCAGGUCCCAUUGAGGCAAAUGAGGACCUGACAAACACUCAACAGGAACCAUCCAAACCUGAAGUCAAAGAAACCGUUUCAGACCCUCCUAAAAAGUGGACGUGGAGUUCUCAUGAUCCUAACCAGCAAGUAGAAGAGUCCAAAGCACCUACUCCACCUAUUCAGAACCAGAAAUCAACAUCCCUUUCUAGUAACCCUGUAGCUUUGCAGUCAGGCAUUGCAAGAACAGGCGGCGCAGUAACCCCUGUAACAGGAAAUCAGGAUUUGGAUUCAUCAGAAGGCCAACUGAUUGCUUCAGAUAGCGCCCAGGGCCUACCUGGACCAGAAAGCAGAGGGAAAGGGCCAUUCAUGCAUGAAGACAGAGGCAAGGGACCAGGGGAUGUUCAGGAGAGCAGGCAGCAGGGAGAGGAUGCCGGAUAG